AUGCGACACUCAACAUCUGACCUCCUCUUCCUAUCCCUCGGCCUUCUACUGGGCUCAAGCGAAGCAGCAUCAAUAUCACGCAAAGAAAUCUGCACCAAAGCCAAGGUUGCAAUUCUGGGUGCUGGUGUAGCUGGUAUCACUGCUGCCCAAACCUUACACAAUGCAUCCAUCCACGACUUUGUCAUCCUGGAGCACAAUGACUACGUAGGGGGACGCAUGAAACAUACCACUUUUGGACAGUCCUCCGAUGGUACGCCUUCCACUGUCAAGCUCGGUGCGAACUGGAUCGAAGGCCUUCAGAAUCCUUCGGGUGAGGUUAAUCCCAUCUGGCGGCUAGCUCAAAAGCAAAAAGUGAAGAAUACGUAUUCUAACGAUAGUGCGAUCAUCACCUACGAUGAGACUGGGGCCUCGGAUUAUACUGAUCUAAUAGACCUAUUUGACGAGAAGUUUGAGAUCGCCUCGCAGGAGGCUGGCUAUAUCUUUACCGAGAAUCUGCAGGAUACAUCAACUCGUACUGGUCUCAGCCUGGCUGGCUGGAAGCCAAAGAGGGAUAUGAAGAUGGCUGCUGCUGACUGGUGGGGCUGGGACUUUGAGACGGCGUACACUCCAGAAGAAAGUGGCUUUGUGUACGGUGUCGCUGGAAACAACGCUACCUUCAAGCAUUUCAGUGACGAGACCAACCUUGUCACCGAUCAGCGAGGCUACAAUACUUGGCUCAUUGGAGAAGCGAACGAGUUCCUCAAGAAGAAUGACCCAAGGCUUCGUCUAAAGACUACAGUCAAAAGAAUUGAGUAUGCAACCAAGGGCGUCAAGAUCGAUACGAGUCAAGGGUGCGUUGAAGCAGAUUACGCCAUCUGCACUUUCUCCGUCGGUGUCCUCCAGAAUGACGCCGUUGACUUCAAGCCUGCGCUUCCCCGCUGGAAGAGAGAAGCCAUUCAGCAAAUGGAGAUGGAGCAACGCGGCUACUACCCGUUGUUUCAGUCUCUAAGCACACCGGGGUUCAUUCCAGGAUCGAAUAUCCUGUUUGGAACCGUUGUGCAACAGCAAGCUUAUGAAGUUGAGCAACAGUCGGAUGAAAAGACCAAGAAGGAAAUCAUGGAGGUGCUACGGUCCAUGUUCCCCGAUAAGCACGUUCCCGAUCCCACUGCAUUUAUGUAUCCCCGCUGGAGUAUGGAAGAGUGGUCGUACGGGUCUUACAGUAACUGGCCGGUUGGUAUGACGCUGGAGAAACACCAAAACCUCCGUGCGAACGUGGGUCGAUUGUGGUUUGCCGGCGAGGCUAAUUUAGCUGAGUUCUUCGGGUACUUGCAGGGCGCUUACUUUGAAGGGCAGGAGAUCGGUGAGCGAAUUGGGAGGAUAUUGAAGGACGAGGAGUCAGAGCAGUCACAGCAGAUGAAGAGGUACAAGACGUUACGUGGAACAACUGAAGUCGAAGGCCACGACGCUGCCAACGGAUGGUCCACUCCUCUAGAUGAUUAG